AUGGCGACUAUCGCAAGCUUUAAGAUCCCAAAGGUGGUUAAUGAGCCAAAUCAUCAUUAUGCUAAGGGAUCCGCACAACGCGAUGGACUUUAUAAGGCAUUAGAGAGAUUGGAAAGCAAGGUCCCUUUAGAAGUCCCUAUCGUAGUCGGAGGUAAAGAGAUCAAAACUUCCUCUGUUUCGCAUCAAUUCAACCCUGCAAACCACUCCUCGAAAGUCGCAUCUUAUUCAAACGCCUCCCCAUCCGAUGUCUCCUCCGCUAUCGAUGCUGCUCUCGCCGCAAAGCCCGAAUGGGAAUCUCUUCCUUUCGCAGAUCGAGCUGCUAUCUUUCUCAAGGCCGCAGAUCUCAUCUCCGGCAAAUACAGAUAUGAAAUUAUGGCUGCUACAAUGUUGGGACAGGGAAAGAAUGCUUGGCAAGCUGAGAUCGAUUCUGCUGCAGAGUUAGCAGACUUCCUCAGAUUCAAUGUUCAAUAUGCUGAGGAGUUGUAUGCGCAACAACCCGUGCACCAUUCACCUGGUGUCUGGAAUAGACUGGAGUACAGGCCUCUGGAAGGUUUUGUCUACGCUGUUACCCCAUUUAAUUUCACAGCAAUUGCAGGUAACUUGCCUGGUGCACCAGCUCUGAUGGGAAAUGUUGUGGUUUGGAAACCGUCUGAUUCUGCCAUUGCUUCAAAUUGGCUGUUGUACAACAUUUUGCUCGAGGCGGGUCUUCCCAAAAAUGUUAUUCAAUUUGUACCAGGAAACCCUGUCGAAGUUACAAAAGUUGUUCUUGAGCAUAAGCAAUUGGCUGCUCUUCAUUACACCGGAAGUACUGCUGUAUUCAGAAAGCUUUAUGGAUCAAUUGCAAGCGGAGUUGCGGAGGGUAGGUAUCAAGGAUAUCCAAGAAUUGUAGGAGAGACUGGAGGAAAGAACUUCCAUCUUAUUCAUUCUUCAGCCGAUGUGGAAAAUGCUGCUCUCAACACUGUUCGUGGUGCUUUUGAAUAUCAAGGUCAAAAGUGCAGUGCUACAUCGAGAGCAUAUGUUCCGAAAUCUAUCUGGCCUCAAUUCAAGGAGAAGUUGGUUGAAGAAACAUCCAAACUUUCAAUUGGAUCUCCAAAGGACCCAAAGAACUUCAUCGGCCCUGUCAUUCACGAACCAUCAUUCAAGAAACUCUCAGGCAUCAUUGACAAUGCUAAAUCAGACUCUGAGCUCGAACUUCUUGUAGGAGGCAAAUACGAUAACUCGACUGGUUAUUAUAUUCACCCCACUAUCUACCAAACCACCAACCCCAGACAUGCUCUCCUUUCUACUGAGCUGUUCGGUCCAAUUCUUACCGUCUACGUCUACGAUGACUCUACCGCUCCAGCCGAAGCUUUCGAGUCAGUUUGUAAGCUCGUGGAUACUACAUCUGAGUAUGGACUCACUGGUGCAGUUUUUGCCACCGAUAGAGCAGCGAUCAGAUAUGCGGAAGAAGCAUUGAGAAAUUCGGCGGGUAAUUUCUAUGUCAACUGCAAGAGUACCGGAGCAGUGGUUGGACAGCAGCCUUUCGGUGGUGCCAGAGCCAGUGGAACAAACGACAAGGCGGGUAGUAUGAAUCUCUUGGGUAGAUUCGUUAGCGUGAGGGCAUUGAAGGAAGAGUUUGUUUCAAUUGGAAGUGUUGAAUACCCAAGUAAUGAGGUUUAA